AUAUGACAUUCUAUAAAGGAAUGUGGUCUCUCUUUGGUGGUAUAAAGAAACUUCCGUAGUAGUUUGCCUAAUUGUUAAAAACCUGACUUGGUAACCUUUUUAUAUUCUUCUACCCCUUGAUACUUCACUGUGUAGCCUUGGUCUGAGGUAAUAGGAAAACUUGCAUCAACACAACCACAGAUUACAGAUCGGUUUGGCCAAAGCCAGUUUUCACUGCAGGUCUGAUCAUAUAUAUAAUUUCAUGGAAUUGGUACUAGAAAAUGGUCAGAUUCUAAUUCGAGGCCCAUCCAACAGAAAUCAAUGGAGGGCCUCGUCCGCUGCUGAUUCGUGUUCAUUUAGUUCCAAGGUUGAGAAGAAAAUUGGAGAGGACAGCAACAAUAUCACAAAGAUUGCAAGAGCUGGGACUCUUGAUCAAAGCAAAUCAAGCUCUUACUAUGAUAAGAUGGAUUUUUUUCUGAAUCUUGGGCAUGAUUGUCAGAAUUUCGAUGGCCAACCUGAAUUGCGUGAGGCCAAUCCAAAUGCUCCCUCGGAACACCAUGGCAAUGCUGCCACCAUCAACACGGUGUCGAAGAAUUCAACUAGUCAAAACCUAGACGUCUUUGGGUGUGGUUUUCCUAACUCAAAGAUUCAGGAGCCGGACUCAGUACACUACAAGAAAAUAGGGUUGAUGAACUUCUCCAAUUUCUUAAGACCAACGUGUCUCGCGAAAGCAGCUAACAUUCAGAGCACUGAUGGAGCUGUGAAGUUCAGUAGUAGUAGUGGCAAGAUGUCUGCUAAAGAUUUUAGCAACCCUUUUGGUGGAUAUCCAACAGUGAUCAAUUCUGCUAGUGGCUCAGAAAAUGUUAUAGGUCUUAAAAACCAACAAGCACAGAUGCAAGCCGAGAUGGGUUUUAGGCCGUUGGUUCCUGAGACCACAAAGGAGCCACUCUCUCAUCACCAGCAAUCUCAACCUCUAUGUCGAGAAGAUGCAAUUAGGGAUAAUAGAUCCCAUAACCAAGUUCCUAGUAAAUCUGUGAGCUUUGCAGCAAGUGUGGUGAAGGGAAAUCCUAAUACUACUGCAAGAUCUAUGGAUCCUUUGGCUGCAUCAUCCUCUGUAUGCUCACGCGGAGUUUCAAAUGAUCAAACUUGUACCGCAAAGAGGAAAGAUGAAGAAACUGAGGACUCAGCAUAUUAUAGUGAUGAUAUUGAAGAAGAACCUGAUGGUGUGAAGAAGAAACCUGUGGCUGCUCGAGGAAGUAGUUCAGGUACUAAGAGAAACCGAAGUGCAGAAAUGCAUAAUUUAUCUGAAAGGAGGCGAAGAAAUAAGAUCAGCAAGAAGAUGCAUGCGUUACAAGAACUUAUACCCAAUUGCAGUAAGGUAGACAAAGUUUCUAUACUUGAUGAGGCUAUUGAGUAUCUGAAGACCCUUCAACUUCAAGUACAGAUUAUGUCAAUGAGAUGGCGCUUUUACAUGCCGCCAGUGAUGUUACCUCCAGGAAUGCAACAAAUGCAUGCACCACAUUUGACUCAAUACUCUCCCAUGGGCAUUGGGAUGGGUUUGGGAAUGGGGUUUGGUUCAUCUAUUUCAGGAGCCAAUGCUCUGCCUGGGUUCCAAGGAAUGCAGUUUCAGAGGCUAGGAGUACUCCCUGGUCAAGUGCUACCCAUGCCAGUGUUGCGUGAGCCCUUUAAUACCAUGCCCGGAAGGUCUUGUACACAAUAACUACCUCAUGUUAACCUACUGGAAUUGAACAUAAGGAUUCCGCUCACCCGUUAGGUUUAAAGGAUUCAUGAAAUGAUGUCAAAUGCUCAUACAACUGAACUUUAAGUCAGAUUUGUGUGCUCAUCACUGAGACAUAUAUGCCUGUCUUCCCCUAUAAGGAAAAAGAUGGCGCGCGCGUUGAACAAAAGGCAGUAAAGCUUCAAAGUCUUUUAUCUUUAGUCAUCAGACAGUCCCAUUUGGCUUGUGUUGAUCAAUCUCAACAAAAACAAGGUUUAUCAACUCUCCUUGCCUCAAAUUGCUCCAACUCAUAGUCCAUUUGCAACAGAGUUAAUUUAUCGAUCCAAGAGAGGACGUGAUUAGUGAUCACUUAUCAAGAUGAUCAUGCUUACUCAGGUUUCCCAUUAACCCUGCACUAAAUUUCAUCACGAUGAAAAGGGUAAUGCAACUACUGGCAGCAGAAUAUUGUUAGUGAAGUUUUGGAUGCAGAUUUUCUUGCCAAAUGGGAACUCUUUUGGAAAAUAUGUAUCCAAUUUCAUGAAGACCUGCAAACACCGUACGAGAGAGUUCCAUGUAAAUGAAGACAGCUUCCUUUUGCUUGUAAGCAUUUCUGUGAAUUACUGCAUUAUUUUACAGCCAAGAAUGUAACUUUUUCUAGGCUUCAGUGACGGAUAAAGCAGAUUUUGGGAAUUAUGGACCACAAGGUCCACACAUGUGGUCCAAAUUUUAAAUAAUCUCAACUUGUCAGAUGUUUGUGCGUUGUCAUAAAAAAAUCUUCAACGAUCA